CGCCGAUGAGGCGUAGGUUUGAGAAGGGUCGCCUUUGUCGAGCGUUAUAGCCACAAAAUAAACCAAGCCUGCGUGAGGAAUUCCAAAAACGAACGUGUAUAAUACUGUCCACGAACCUUGCAACCGAGCCCACUCACCAACUAUGAUGGCAAAACAAGGAUUUAUUAGGCCUCUGCCUCAGGCAUUAGUGCUUUUGCAAUACUUGCUGGCAGCAGGCGUGGUUUGCAUGAUUGGAGUCAGAAAAGGCGUUGGUGCCUUGACGCUGACAAGAGGUGGACCAGCAACACCGGACGAAUUUUACAACGUUUUCAUGGGCGGCACCCUAAACUUGACUUGCUACGUUUCGAAUCACCUAUGGGAACCGGUGAGGUGGGCCAAAUGCCACAAUUCUGAGUUAAGCUGGUUGACAGCAAAUUCAACUGUACUUCAAGAUUAUGCUAGACUCAGUAUUUCAGUUUUCCGGUAUAACAACAGUUACCGUGCUUACUCUAUUCAAAUUAUGAACAUUACAAGGUUCGAUCUUGGAUUUUACAAGUGUUGUGCGUGGUGGUGGCGGAUUUGGUGGUACGACGUGUGUGGCUAUGCGCACGUACAUGUAGAUGAACAGACAGAAAGCUUCCCGCGAGAAAAUCCAACGUGCUCCAAGACGCUCGAGUCACCCACGAAUAUUACCGUCUGGUGUGAGACGGUGCAAGACGUUCCCGGAGUCAACAUAUCCUGGACGAUUAAAGAAACAGGUGAGAAAAUAACAGCAAGAGGUUACCAUUCCCGAACGGAGCAGCAGCAACGGGUUGGCGCUUCGUUCCACCUCGAGCAGCGACUGUGGAAUCAGGUUCUUGUUUGUACCGUCACCAGCAGCGCAUUUCCCGGUUUGAACCGGAAAUGCUCCAUCGGUCCUUUCGACAGACCGACAUCAACCGCCGAGACACAGAACUCCUACGGGCCUAUAACUUUACAUGGUCACAAAGACAGACCCACCACACUACCCAGAUCCCUCCAAACGGCUGUGUUUAUGAAUAAUUCUGUGGACUCGCAGCUCCAGACAGUCCCAACGCCGCCCGACCCGACGAAAGGAUAUAAUAAUUCUGGGGCCAUAGCAGCUGGCGUAAUCAUUCCUGCACUCUUCGGACUGUCUUUUCUGAUACUUAUCAUAAGGCACAAGUGGCCCCGAAAGAACUGGGUACCCAAUGACGGCGCGUCCGGAAGAACUGCCACAAACGCAGGUUCCAACGACUUGGAGCUGCAUGAUGUAGUCGUUAUCCCGUAUGCAGUGACAACUCUACCAACGCCCGACAGUGAAACGACCAAAAGAUACUACCGCUCGGCUCACGAGGCAGCUUCAACGAGCGACGCGAAGACGCUAGCGUCCCCUUACGAGCGAAAUAAAGACACUCUGUGUAUGACUGAGGUUCAAGAGCAAGAUGGAGAACAAGGCUAGCAGAUGGUCUGGAGAAUGAGAUCAUGUCUGGAGACGUGCUGGUGGCUCACUGACCCGU